UUGUUAACGUGGCUUUGCGCGAGUCGACAACCUACGAACGCUGCGUUAUGGCAUCAAGCAUCCUGUCCACGACUAUCGCAUCCACAUGGAAUCACUUCUCUGCCUCCUCCGCCGCCGUUGUCACCGACGCUUAACUGCACAAGCUACACUGAUAGCUUCUGCUAUGAGCAACAGCUAAAGGGAAUGCAGCUUAAUCAAUGCUGCAAAAAGGGAGUUUAUGUGACGGAUAUGUGCUCUGCUGAUAGAUGCACCGAAGAAACGCGCGCUCUGUGCUGCUUUCAGAAAUUUCAUAUACCUGUCUUAACCUUCAUCUUUCAUCCCACUUUCACGUGUUGUGGGCGCGCGACGCAAAUAUGCGCUUCUCCAGUUUUCUCUAUUCUUGAGCGUUUUUUUGGCAAGGGCAUGUUCGGCACUGCAUUCAGGUUGCCAAUCUUCACAAAUUAUUGCUGA